GGCUCGGCUCGGCGCGGCGCCGCGGCCAUGGGGGAGCGGGCAGACGAGGCGCCGCUGCUCUUCUGGGCCGAGGGCCCCGCCGUGUCGGCGCCGGCCGCAGCCGAGGCGGGCAGCGGCAGCGGGAGCGGCGGGCGGCGGCUCGGCGGGGGCUGGAGCGCGGCUCCCUGGGGCGGCGCGGAGCCGGCGGAGGCGGCGCGGGCGGAGGCGGAGGAGGACCAGAUCGUGGCCGUCUUCGUGGUCACCUUCGACCCCCGCACGGGCAACAUGGUGGAGUGGUGUUUACCCCAAGAUAUUGAUUUGGAAGGUGUGGAAUUCAAAUCCAUGGCAAGUGGGUCCCACAAAAUCCAGUCGGAUUUCAUUUAUUUCCGAAAAGGGCUCUGUUUUGGCCUGGCCUGCUUUGCCAACAUGCCUGUGGAGAGUGAGUUAGAGCGUGGUGCCCGCAUGAAGUCUGUGGGGAUUCUCUCCCCUUCCUACACCCUGCUGUAUAGAUACAUGCACUUCCUGGAGAACCAGGUCAGACACCAGCUGGAGAUGCCAGGGCACUACUCCCAUUUAGAGGCGUUCUAUGAUGACAAGAAAGGAGUUCUCCCGGAUAGCAAGGGCACCUCCACCUCGCAGCAACCUGUUCACUGGCUGCCAUCCAUCCACAGAUACAUGUACCCAGAGAUGAAGAUCACACACCCUGCUGGCUGUAUGUCUCAGUUCAUCAAAUUUUUUGGUGAGCAGAUCCUUGUCCUCUGGAAGUUUGCCCUGCUGCGCAAGCGAAUAUUGAUAUUUUCACCGCCCCCAGUUGGAGUUGUCUGCUAUAGAGUGUAUUGCUGCUGUUGCCUUGCCAAUGUUUCUCUGCCUGGCCUUGGAGGAACUGUUCCUGAGUCCAAACCAUUCUUCUACGUGAACGUGGCAGACAUAGAAAUGCUGGAGACAGAAGUAUCAUAUGUGGCCUGUACAACAGAAAAGAUCUUUGAGGAGAAACGGGAUCUCUAUGAUGUGUAUGUGGACAACCAGAAUGUGAAGACACAUCAUGAGCAUCUGCAGCCACUUCUGAAAAUAAACAAUGCUGACAAGGAGAAAUACCGACGGCUCAAUGACCAGAGGCAGAUGUUAAUGUAUUCUCAAGAAGUGGGUGAGGAUUGUAGCUCCUGUGAAGAGGACCUUUUCAUCUUGUUUUUCAUGGAGCAGAACAACCGCAUAUUUCAGACGCUGAUGGAGGUGUCAGCCAGCCAGGACAAGACACUGACAGCUGACCACGCACGAGGCAUGGGCCUGGAUCCCCAAGGGGAUCGAAGUUUCCUUAUGGACCUGCUGGAAGUGUAUGGAAUCGAUGUUAUGCUGGUCAUUGACAACCCCUGCUGCACUUAAACCAAGGGCAAGAGAGAUGGGGAGCAAAGAUCACUUUUUAAAGACUACCAGACGUUGUUUAGGAGGAUCACUGGGAAUUCACUGCAGCCACUGGACAGAUCUCAUUUUAUUUAAUAUCUUUAUAUGGAGAGUAUUUAUAAUUUUAAACCAAAAUGUGAUGUUAUUUUCUCCCCCUCGACUUCCCAAUGAGUACCUGCUCCAGAGUUGUUUUUUUUUAUUUGUUUUUGUCUCCCUUUCUCUUUAAGUUGUGUUUUUGUUCUGUUUAGAUAGGACCAGUGGCACCUUUGCACCAAUGCUCACUGUUGCCAGUGAUAGCUAGGUUUUGGCCUAGCCUGGAUACCUGAGGGCUGAAGACUUCAGGAAAGCACUUUGUCUGAUGGGGACCAAUGUGAAAUGCUGUAGCUGAGCUCUCAAAACUUGACUGGAAAAAAAACCCUCCUAUCAUCCCCUCUUCCACUUAGGAAUCGAAGAGAGCUUCAGCACAGGCUAUUAGUGGCCCAAUCUCAUAAAACAUCACCUGUUCUACCAUGUUUAUUGGUGGGGACAGUUAAACCAAUGAUAAAAAAACAGGACUCUUAAACACCCCUCACCUUGCUUUUAGCAGCUGAGUUGGAAUAAGCCACCCUUCCUUGUCAGUGGCAAAUGCAAGUUUGGCAUAAGGGGGUUUUACAGAAUCUUAUGACUUUGAUCUUUAUGACCAGAGCAGCACGGUUUCCCUUCCAGCAUUUGAGGUGAUAUAAACUGGCAAAGAUGAUACCUACCUCUCCCUUAGCUGGGGAAGAGCACCAUCUCUGCUUAAUCCCUCCUACCACUUCCUCUGGUUUUCAGUUGCAUCACACCUGCUGCUUUGGUUCAAAAUAUUCAAACCAGCAAGAUGGUCUCCCAUUUGACAGGGACCAACACCACUGAGCCACCUUGCAGCCACUAUGCUCUCCAGCCUCAGCUCAGAUGAUGCUGGGGCUGGAUUGGGGUGAAUAAGUAUGCUUUAACUAAUGUCACCAGCUCUUCCUUUGUAAUAGAUGGUACUUGUCACUCCUUUGCUUUUACAUUGUCUCCUGAGUCUCCUUCUGUAGAGCAGCCUUCAGCGCUGCCUGCCCAUGUCCUUGACUUCCAGUGUGACACAGAGAGCAGCAGCCUGUGACCUUCCAGCUGGAACAGCUUCGCAGUUUGCAGGAAGUUCUCUUGGAGUUUAGUGUUCUUAACUGGCACAGCUGCAGGAAGCAACAUCUAACAGCAAGCCUUUUUUUUCUUCCCCCACCCCUUCCUGGGCAGAGACCAUGUAGAACCAGAUAAUCAGUGUUUCUUAUUCUUAUGCUGUGGAAAGAACAGGUUCAGUUCAUGCAGGACCAGUGGUUACAUCCAGCAAAGCCAUCCUGACGGUUAUCUCUUUGCCGUGCCAAAAGCCAAGAAUGACACUGUGGGUUCUAGGUGUGACGUACUGCUUUGCCCAAAAUCCCUCAGGCAGUAGUAGCAUCAGCUUUAAGCUAACUGUUCUUCCUGAACUGUGGCUAUAGCUAAUUAGCUGCUGCUUCUACCGUAAUACAAUUCAGCAACCUUGGAGCCUUUCUGCAGUCUGUAGAAAUGCAAACUGUAACUGAUGUAUCCAUGUAUUGUAACAUUUUCUAGGAUGACACAGAGCCUGAUCCACCGAAGUCUCUCCCGCCAACUGUUUUUAAAACAGGUUCUCCAAGUAGACCCUCAGUGGAUUGCCUUCCUCUGGAAGGAAGGAAGGGGGCUGCUAGGUCCUGUUUUUCCCUGAAGGCUGUUUUGCAAAGGGGUAGUUUUGCUUGCUAUGGAUUCAGAGGUUUUGGUGAGUUGUGGGAUCAGGGGCCUCAUAAGGCUUAGUGCACAGUUCAUUGGUAUAUGCUUCAGCAUAUUAUGUUCCUGUGAUCUGUCUCUCUGCAGUCACUCCCCUGCCUGCUUUUUCAGGGCUUUGGAUGUUUUUGUACAGAGAAAAACAUGCUGCUCCUUGUAGUGCCAGUUACUCACAACUGUAAUGUAAUCAUCCUUAGAAGGUUGAGGAAAAAAAUGGAGAAAGAGGAAAAAACAGAGCUGAAUAUCAUUUAAUGGAAGACCAGCCUCUUCCUUAAGAAAAGGCUUUGUUUUUUAAAUUGACACCUCUAGUAUGAAAAAAGUGACCUGCAAUCUCCAUUAUCUUUUCUGACAUACACUUCAGUUUUAGCAUGCUGUCUGCAGUGAAGAUCCCUGAGGAAGUAUUGCUGGCACUGUAUUGCUGACACUUGCUUAACUUCCUUCAGAUAGAUAGAUACAAAAAAAAGGAACUGAAACUAGUCUCUAGCAAUUCUUCCUCUCACUUUCUUCAAGGCUGGCUACAUAGUUUAGCUGUGGUCAGCUGUUAAUGAAUUUCCGUUCUCUUUGAUGUCAGUAGAUCUUUUCAUGAAGUAAAUAGACACAAACCUUAAAUUUGUCAUGGAAAUUGUACAGCCUCUGCAGUCAGAGGCCUUAUAGCAUUAGAGCACUGUGUUCACAAGCUGUCAGAACAUCAGGUCUACUAGACAAGACUGCUAAAGCCCACUGAUCCUCCUGAAAUUAUUUCAUUCAUUAAACCUCUGCUUUCCAGAAACUGGGUCUUCACUUGGUAGCAGCAGUGUGGCUGCAGAAGCAUCAAAGCAAGCAGAUGACUGUAAAAGCAGCAUCCAUGCUACGUUCCAGCUAAAUUGCUACAGCCUAUUUUGCUUUUCUGCAACCUCUCCAGGUAGGUGACUGCUACCAAAGACAGAAAAGAGAACAAAAAGACUUCUCUGUCUUAACCCUCCCUUGUUUGAUUUGCUGCAAAAAAACUUUCCACCUGCACUCCCCUUUUUUAAUUGGCACUCCUUGUAUUGUUGGCACAUGUGGAAAAUCCUUGAUAAAUAGGUAUAUGAUCUAUACAAAUGGCUACAGCUUGAGCCAUGAAGGUUUGUUCAGUAGGCUGGUUUUGUUUGGAACCAACUUCACUGAAUCUUGUAUUUCUGGGAGAUAAUAUAAUUCAAAGUAAAACAAUUGAGUGCAUAUAUUUGAAAUCCCCUCCGUAGGACUUUACAGUUGCUUUUUUUAAUACUAGCAGCUGGGAAGGAGGCAGUAAGUUGGGUGUAUUUUCAAUUAAAAGAGUGAGGAAAGUGGCAUAGGUAGGCUAUUGCUUUUUAUUGCAAAAAUCCUCUUCUCCAUUUGAAGUACUUUGCCUUUACAGUGGUGCCUUUGAUUUCUUUGGUGUGAUGUCUCUGGUCAGUUGCAUGUGAUCAGAGCCCAGGAUGACUGAUGGUUACAGUAACCAGGUGUAUGUCCUGUGUCCUGGUGGAGGGAGUCUGGGAUGCUCCUCUCCUGUCACCCAUAGUUGCAUUUUAACUCCAGUUGUACUAGAAAUGUAUAAUCAAGUAAUGAAUUAUUGUACUAUCUGGAUUGGAGGGUAAAGCCUGGGAGAGAAAUAAAAGUUAGGUUUUUAAAUCUGAAUAAGGGAUAUCAUGCCAGACACUUAAAUCAUACAAAAGUCUUCCCUCUGCAAGGUUUGGCCAAGCUGCAUAGAGCCAAGUACAACAGAACUAUAAUGGAUUCUAGAAGAAAGGCAUUCUACUGAAUUGGAGUUCAGAUUUAUCUUAGAGACAUGCUAAUACCUUCUUUUCUAGCACAUAUGAAGUAGUUACUCCAAUGUGUAUUGGAGCUAAUGGUGAUGUCUGUCACAGGAGGCAAGCUUGCCUAGCCAGCAUCCUUAAGGGCAGAAGAAAGUUCCAUCACUUUUUCAAGGGAAGGUAGCUUACUGUACAGUUCAUUCUGUAAAGCAGUGCUAUUGUAAUACCUCUUCCAUUUUGAGACAUGCCAAAAAUCUAGAAGCAGCUUUGGCCCUCUUGGUGAGAGACUAUGCAAGGCACUGGCAUGCUUUGCUCUGGAAAGAGGAAGGGCAAGAGCACUUUGUCCCACUGCAAAGGUCUAGGUACAAAAUCACGCACAUGAAGCCAAAUUCUCAGCAUUGCCAUCACUUCUAAGUUAGUUGGUGUCUCCUUUCUGCCCCCUCCAAAGCUAGUGGUUUAGUGGUUAUGGGAGAAGACAACACGUCUUUUUCAAGGAACUGGAACAUGCUGACUUAAAAGAAAGCUAUGUUUGUUUAAACCAGUGAGUACUAAAUGCCUGCGAACUAGGAUUUCGGGUCCUGGUCAAUGCAACAUGCCAUUCAAAUGGGAAUUUAAUUGUGGUUAAAAUAAACAGGUGCCUUGGGCUAGUCCAUCAUUAAGUUGUUAUCCUUCCUUUUUAGUUAUGUUACAGUAUAUUAAGCCCUUCUAGAACAGACUGAGUUGAAGCCAGGGUAAGUGUUUUCAUGAAUGGGACCUAGGAUUCUACUCCUUCUUCCCAUCUUGGUGUUUAUACAAAAGAAAGUUGUUUGUCUUGCUGUCAGGCAGAAAUCGAGUCCUUUCCUCAACACUGUAGAUAAAAUAAGCAGGGGCUGAACCUGUUGUGUACUGUUUUCCUCACACCUCCCCUCUGAAUGUUGCAAUUCAGAUGUCUAGACCACAACCAUACUGGAAGACCUCUGAACUACACAGGAGGGGGAAAAAAAUUACUUGAAGGGUAUUUAUACAAGCUACUCAACUUAUGCUGAUACGAAUAUUUAAAUAUCAGCCUGUGUCUCGGAUGAUCCUUGGUACUUUAACAUUAGAACAGCAGUAACAAUACCAAUUCUAGAGGGAGCUCUUGGUUGCCCUCAGGCAAGGAAUCACAUUGCAAUGGGAGAGGUGUAUGUCAUACUAUGGAAAAGAAUUAGUCAUUUUCCCUGUAAAAUGGUACAGAUGAACCAGAAGGUAGUUCUUACCAUCUCGCCUCUUGCAGCAGGCUGGUUGUAGUUGUAACAGCUCUGAUGUUGUUUGCAUCUUGCAGAUGUGUGGUUGCUCCCAUAGGCCUGUGGCUGUGUAGAGAAACUGCUUACUAGAACAUGGGUAUUUUUAAUACAAUUAAAGCUUACCUUUUUGAAA